CUGAGCCAGAGGCAACAGAGACAACAGUGAAUGGUGAGGAGGGGCCUUCGGAUCCUGCUGCCACCACUGGAAUGGAGCCCCUGGGAGCCCCUGCACUACCCUACCUUGACUAGACUCAUAGCUGCCUCUGGGAACUGAAGGAUUGCCAGGCGACCUUGCUCCUUGAACCUCCAUAGGCACCAAAGGAACCAGGCCCAGCCACUCAAGACCAUGGUUGGCCUUCAGCCUUCAGAAGUGCCUCCGACAACAGUUGUGAAGUUCCUAGGGGCUGGCACGGCAGCCUGUUUUGCUGACCUCCUCACCUACCCCCUGGACACUGCCAAGGUCCGCCUGCAGAUCCAGGGGGAGAACCCAGGGGCGCAGAGUGUACAGUACCGCGGCGUGCUGGGUACCAUCCUGACCAUGGUGCGCACUGAGGGUCCCUGGAGCCCCUACAGCGGGUUGGUUGCUGGCCUGCAUCGUCAGAUGAGCUUUGCCUCCAUUCGAAUUGGCCUCUACGAUUCUGUCAAACAGUUCUACACUCCCAAAGGAGAGGACCACUCCAGCAUCGCCAUCAGGAUUUUAGCAGGCUGCACCACGGGAGCCAUGGCAGUGACCUGUGCCCAGCCCACAGAUGUGGUGAAGGUCCGAUUUCAAGCCAUGAUACGCCUGGGAACUGGAGGCGAGAGGAAAUACAGAGGGACUAUGGAUGCCUACAGAACCAUUGCCAGGGAGGAAGGAGUCAGGGGCCUGUGGAAAGGGACUUGGCCCAACAUCACGAGAAAUGCCAUUGUCAACUGUGCUGAGAUGGUGACCUAUGACAUCAUCAAGGAGAAGCUGCUGGACUCUCACCUGUUCACUGACAACUUCCCCUGUCACUUUGUCUCCGCCUUUGGAGCUGGCUUUUGUGCCACAGUGGUGGCCUCUCCAGUGGAUGUGGUAAAGACCAGAUACAUGAAUGCUCCCCCAGGCAGGUACCGCAGCCCGCUACACUGUAUGCUGAAGAUGGUGGCGCAGGAGGGCCCCACAGCCUUCUACAAAGGAUUUAUGCCCUCAUUUCUGCGUUUGGGAGCCUGGAAUGUGAUGAUGUUUGUAACCUACGAGCAGCUGAAACGGGCCUUGAUGAAAGUUCAGAUUUUCUCAAGUCCUGCUUGUCGGGGUGGCAACAGACCCAAUUCCACCCUCCUAGACUUCCUUCUUCUCUCUCACUGCCUUUACCUACAGAGACAAUGCUGUACCUGAUAAGCCUCCAGCCUUCCAUCUACAAAAGGGAGGGCUGAGUACAGGACCAAUUUCCAAGCUUAAGACUGCGCAUCUGGCAACAAAAACGGCUCAGUGGGUCCAAUUCGCAGGACCCACAUGGUGGAAAGAGAGAACUCACUCUUGCAAGUUGUCAUCUGACCACCACACGGGCACCCACACAUGCAUGUGAAUGUACAUAUGUACAAACACAACAAACAGAGGAAUAAGUAGAAAGAAAGUUUAACUGCACAUGGCGGUUUGAAGGAGAUGUUCCCCAGAUGCCUCAGGCAUUUGAAUACUUGGUCCCCAGUUGUUAGUGGCUGUUUGGGGAAGUUUAGAAGAUGGGACCUUACUGGAAGAAGUGUGUCAAAGGGGACUGGCUUUAAGAAUCCAAAGACUCGUGCCAUUCCCAGUUUUUCUAUUUCCUGUUUUCGAUUUGACAUGUGAGUUCUCAGUGACUGCUCCAGCCACUGUGCCUGAUGCCAGACCUCCUUGCCAAGAUGGACGCUUUCUCUCUGGAACUGUCAGCCCCAAAUAAAACUUCCUUCUCUAAGCAACUGCCUUGGUCAUGGUGUUUUAUCACAGCCAGUGCACAUCUUUCAAGCUAUGUCUUACAUUGUCACACGUGAUAUAUAAUGUCUCAUCUUGCUUCUCCGUAGCUUGGUUGGCUCUGAUGGAAGUCAGAAGGGGCUCCAGGCUGGAGAUGGACUCACCUGCUAGAGCACUUUCCUAGCAUGCACAUCCCAGAGUGUGACCCUCAGCACCACAUAAACCAGACUUGGUGACACUCUCCUGUGAUCCCAACACACAAGAGGUAGAGGAAGGCGUGAAGGCGUGGAUCAGGAGUUCAAGGUCACCCUGAGACCUGUGAGACCUGGUCUGAAAAAGAAAGAAGAAAGAGCAGAAUCAGUCUCCAAGCCUCAUCCUACCUCACUGGACUAGCCACAGAGACCCUUUGCUUCUCUGUGUCAGUGACACUCCUGCCCCACUAGAAACACCUUGCAGGGAAGGAGAUCAGAAAGAUGGCUCAGCAAUUAAGAGCACAAGUUGCUCUUGCAGAGGACCAGAGUUCUUAACACUCACAUGGCAGGCAGCUCAUAAAUGCCUGUAACUCCAGGUCCAAGGUAACUGACCCCGCCC